CCGGCGAGGCCCGGAGGGCCCGGGACUCCGACGGCGAUUCGGACGCCGACUCGGAGGUGGGUCAGGGGAACCCGACUCGCACCGCGGAGGCAGUGGAGGAGGAAAUGGCUGUUCCUAAUCACCUUUGCAUUCGUCGCUGGACAACCAAGCAUGUAGCUGUUUGGCUGAAGGAUGAAGGCUUUUUUGAAUAUGUGGACAUUUUAUGUAAUAAGCAUCGACUCGAUGGAAUCACAUUAUUAACAUUGACUGAAUACGAUCUCCGGUCUCCUCCUCUGGAGAUUAAAAUCUUAGGGGACAUUAAAAGGUUAAUGCUUUCAGUCCGAAAAUUGCAGAAAAUACAUAUUGAUGUUUUAGAAGAAAUGGGAUACAACAGUGACAGUCCCAUGGGUUCCAUGACACCUUUCAUUAGUGCUCUUCAGAGCGCAGAGUGGCUCUGUAAUGGGGAGCCUUCACAUGACUGUGAUGGACCCAUCACUGAUUUGAAUUCUGAUCAGUACCAAUACAUGAAUGGUAAAAACAAACAUUCUAUUCGAAGAUUGGACCCAGAGUACUGGAAGACCAUAUUGAGUUGUAUAUAUGUUUUUAUAGUAUUUGGGUUUACAUCUUUCAUUAUGGUUAUAGUCCACGAGCGAGUGCCUGAUAUGCAGACCUACCCACCACUCCCAGAUAUCUUCUUAGACAGUGUUCCUAGAAUCCCAUGGGCCUUUGCCAUGACAGAAGUAUGUGGCAUGAUUUUGUGCUAUAUUUGGCUCCUGGUUCUUCUUCUUCACAAACACAGGUCAAUACUUCUCCGAAGGCUCUGUAGUCUGAUGGGCACAGUAUUCUUGCUUCGCUGCUUUACCAUGUUUGUGACCUCCCUCUCCGUGCCAGGACAGCACCUGCAGUGUACUGGAAAGAUAUAUGGCAGUGUAUGGGAAAAACUACACCGGGCCUUUGCCAUUUGGAGUGGCUUUGGUAUGACCCUAACAGGUGUUCACACUUGUGGAGAUUACAUGUUCAGUGGCCACACAGUCGUCCUAACUAUGCUGAAUUUCUUCGUCACUGAAUAUACACCAAGAAGCUGGAAUUUCCUACAUACUUUAUCCUGGGUUCUCAACCUCUUUGGAAUCUUCUUCAUUUUGGCUGCUCAUGAACAUUAUUCCAUUGAUGUGUUUAUUGCCUUUUAUAUCACGACAAGACUCUUUUUGUACUACCAUACUCUAGCCAAUACCAGAGCAUAUCAGCAGAGUAGGAGAGCAAGAAUUUGGUUUCCUAUGUUUUCUUUUUUUGAAUGCAAUGUGAAUGGUACAGUACCUAAUGAAUAUUGUUGGCCAUUUUCAAAACCAGCAAUAAUGAAAAGAUUGAUUGGCUAAAGUCUAUCUUUGUAAUGGGUUCAUGGUUAAAUAUGCAGUAGUUGUUGAAAGUGAGUAACGUUUGCUUUCUCCCCCUAAGCUGUUCCCGGAUGCCUUGCAUUUUGGCUUAUAUGUUGACAAAGUGAAGUUCCAUGUUCUGAGCAAGGCUAUGAUUGUAGAAAUCAAGAAAGAGCAAUCAAGAGUCCUUACAUAUCCGUGUGAGUAGGAAGCUUAAGUAGAUGUUUCUGACCCUUCUCUUUGGGCAGACUUAAUGUUGUAAUUGAAGUCAGGCUGUUACCCUCACCUGUUGAGAACUUGCUUAUUGAAUUUAAGUAAUUUGGUGAUUGAAUGUGUUUUUUUUUAUUUUCUAACUUCAUUAGGACUCUAGUCAAGAAAUAAUUUUUUUGGGGUCCUUAUUAUCUUCAAAGGAAAAACCUCUACCAAAUGAGCAGUACUUGUUCUUUGAACUAAUCUCUGUCUUUUUAAAAAAUGCAACUCUAGAAAGUGAUCUGUGUCACUAACAAAUAAUUUCUGCCUUCUGAACCAUCUUUAAGAAAAGUAUACUGAACAUACCAGGAUGCCUGAAACAACACAAGAAUGGAAGGGGCCAUACAUGAGGUGACAAAAGUACAAAUAUAGUACUGGCAUUUUUCACCAAAGAUGCAACAAAAGAUGCAGUUCCUCUUUUGUUCUGAGGGUUCAGUAUGACUGUCAUUAAGUGUUUAUGAGGGAAAAAUGACUGCAUCCAUAAAAAUGAAAUGGGCUUAACUUUAGUGAGAUAGGUACCUGGAACAACUUUGUGCUAUAGUUGUUAUUUAGACAUAUGACAGCCCAAUUUUAUGCCUUUAAAUUAUGUUAUUUAAUGAGCAAAAUAGUGGAGUGUGUUACCAAAUGUUAGAUAAAGUUCUUAUGUCCAUAAGUAGGGAGGUAUGCAUGCAAAGAAUAUUUUUUCUGUUUUUGAAAAGAAAUUUAUAACGGUUGCAGGCAUAAUACAACUUUUUGAAGUUUGUCAUUCUUGGCCUUCAGAAGUAAACAGUCUCAGAUAUAUUCGGAUGUGGAAAAAAGGUUUUGUUGUUUUUCUUUUUUAAAUACAGUUGUGUACAUACAUUCUUUCUACUUAGUCUUAACUUGGCAGUCAGGAAGUGAUAUAGUUAGUUGCCGUUUACAACACUAGAAAUUUAGUACCUUAAGUAAUUUGACCUUUGCGGUAACAUUUGUCACUUUACUUUUAAUGAUUCUGGUUAGUAGUUAUGACAGUAGAAUGGUUAUGGAAUUGGCUUUUGAGCCCCAACUGAUUGAGCUUAGCUACUUGGAAUAUUAAUUGCGUAGUUUUUACAUUCCAUUUUAAAGCAAGGAGUUAGAAAAAGUGCUGGCAUAUUGAGGUCUAAAAUUAGGCCACUUAGCAGAGACCCACUCCUAAUGUGGGUGAAAUAUUUUAUUUUUGCACUUUAAGUCAUAUUCCCACCCCUGUAUAAGCUACAGAGGAGCCUGAAUGGAUUGGGCAGGAGAAGAAUAUUAUGCAAACAAAUUCCAGCCAGUGCUGAAUGACCUCAAUUUGAGUCUACUCUGAAUAUUAUUUUUUUUCUCACCUGAGAAAUGGCACAAGGCAAUUCAAGUUUUAUUAUGCUUGUAAAUCUCAAACUUCAGAAUCUUAUAAUAUCUUAAAUUAUUGAUUCUAAUACAUGCCUGGGACAAAAAUGUCAAGAUUUCAUCUAAGGAAACUGCAUGAUCAUGAAGGGUGAGGGAUGUUCCUAUACUACUUAAAGUACUUUGACCCUUGAGGUCAAAGCCGUGUAACUGCCAUUCUUUCCAAGUGACAGAGCAAGACCAUAUUUAGCUAGGGAGGAUCGAGUAUUGGCUUUUGGAAAAAUGUUCGAAAAAAAUCUGUGGCAACAUUAAGUCAGGAAUGUUAGAUAGCUACUUAAUGGUAAACUUCCUAACAUCAGUCUUCUUUCCUUCAUAUGGAUUCUAUUCUAGAACAAAAUAGAAAAAAAAUUGCAAGUAACUUUGCAGAGCUGUUGACAUCGAGAGUGCCUAACAGCAGACUGCAAUGAGGAUUGUAAAAUAAGCUUUCAGCCUCGCAUUUAUCAUAUCUGAUUUGAGGAAAAGGUAAGCUAGAUUUAUAAUUUAUUGUUAUAACUAAUACAAGGCAGUGUUUACAUAAAUUCAUCAUCUCCAAGUCUCUUGGAAAGUAUUGAUACAAAAUUCUUUUCCAUUUCUUUUUUUAAUAUGAAACCUG